CUGAAGGAAUAUCAGCAGAAGAAUAGCCCUGGAGCAACUGCAGGAACUAAGAAAAAACGCAAGACUAAAGAAGGCAGUCGACCCGAGACUCCCACCAACGAUGACCGGCAGUCUCCAGAGAACAUUCAGAACAUUCUGAAGGUGCUGGUGUCAGACCUUAACCGCUCCAAUGGGGUAGCCAUACCCUCAUUGGACAAGAGGAAGGCGUACUUUGACAGUGAUGUUGCCACUCGUAAUGCCGAUCCGCUUGCUCCCGAUGUCCCUGUGCUGUCUAACAGCAACAGCCUACCUAGUUGUGGUUCUGUUCUGCCUGCUCCCGGGAGCAUGCAGCUGACACAGAUUCACGAACCUGAGGAUCAUAAAAAUGCUUUGGAUGAGAACAGGUCUUUAUCAUCAACAGAAAGUCUCCGUCAGUUGUCCGAACAGCUCAACGGCCUGGUUUCUCAGUCUACGUCAUAUGUGAAUGGGGAGAGUGCUGUUCCUUCCACAAAUAUUAAGGAAAUGGAAACACGUUACCAGGAGCUGGCAGUAGCCCUGGAUUCCAGCAAUCUAACUAACAAACAGCUCGUUACAAAGAUAGAGGAAUUGAAGCAGCAGAACCAAGAAGCAGUGAAUCAGCUGGAGAAGGAAAAGAAGGAGUUUGAACAGAAGUUGUCUAAAGAGCAAGCAGCGCUGAGGGAACAACUACAGGUUCAUAUCCAGACCAUUGGAAUUCUAGUUUCCGAGAAGUCCGAGUUGCAGACGGCCCUCGGACAUACUCAGCAAGCCGCACGCCAGAAGUCAGGAGAAGCUGAAAACCUGGCUGCUCGUUUACAUUCAUCUCGCCAGAGGGUAUCGGAGCUGGAACGUACUUUGUCCUCCAUCUCUAUGCAGCAAAAACAGUCAGAGAAGCAUAAUAAAGAGUUGGUGAAGGAGCGAGACAACCUGAAACUGGAACUGUACAAACAAAGCAAAAGUGGUGAGGAAAUAAAGCAGCAGAAUUCGGAGCUGUCAGAGAAGCUUCACUCCCUGGUCUCCAAGAACUCAGCUAUGAAGUUGGAUAUGGAGGAUUUGCAUAAGAAACUGGAAAUGGCUGAGCUGAUGAUUCAACAGUUCUCAAAUCAGGCCGGGAGUCUGGAUGCAAACCAGCAGCUGCAGAUGGCGCUGGAGGAGAAGGCGAGCCUGGAAGCUCAGGUUGCUCAGCUCUCGGAGUCCCUUCACCAGCUCCAGGCAGAAAGAGAUCAGUAUGUAGAGAAACUGAAGGAGGAGCGGAGCAUUUGGCAGCAGCGGGUCCAGCAGCUCUCCGAGCAGGUGCACACAAUGGCUGAGGAGAAGGAGAAGCAUAUGGCCCGGAUCCGGGAGCUGGAAGCCAGCGUUUCAGAGCUGUUGAGCACAUCAGUUAAGCCCAUGGACGUUGAGCCUUCUGUGCCAGAAGGGCCGACGGCAGCUGAGCUGAGUCUGCAGGAGGAGAUCCAGCGGCUGCAGCAAGAGAAGGAGGAACUGCACGGGCAGUACCAGGCCCAGGUCCGGGACAACGAGCAGCUGAGCCACCUCUACCGGGAGCAGGAGGAGCGUCUGCUGGAGCUCGAGAAGGCUGUGCAGCGCUACAACGAGGAAUCUGUGGACAGACAGCAGAUCCUGGAGGACAUGCAGAGUGACAAGGCCACCAUCAGUAGGGCACUGAGCCAAAAUCGGGACCUGAAGGAGCAGCUGGCUGAGCUGCAGAAUGGGUUUGUCAAGCUGACCAAUGAAAACAUGGAGGUGACAAGUGCCCUGCAGUCAGAGCAACACGUGAAGAAGGAGCUGGCCAAGAAGCUGGGGCAGCUGCAGGAGAACCUGGGGGAGCUCAAAGAGACGCUGGAGCUGAAAACACAGGAAGCUCGGGGGCUGCAGGAGCAGCGGGACCAGUACUACGGCCACUUGCAGCAGUACAGCGUGGCGUACCAGCAGCUCUCUGCCGAGAAGGAGGAACUGCACAAGCAGUACUUGCUCCAGACACAGCUUAUGGAUCGGCUGCAGCACGAGGAGGUUCAGGGGAAGGUGACAGUGGAAAUGCACCUGAAAGAGCUGCAGCAAACCAAGGAAAAUCUGGAAGCUGUGGCUAAGGAAAACAAGGAGCUGCAGGCCCAGAUCAGUCAGUUAGCAGCAGACCUGGAUGGCAGGAUUUUGCACCGACUAGAGGGAGAUGGAGUUGAAAGUGAAGCAAUGACUGAAGAAAUCCAAAAACCUUCCUUUGUGAUCCCAGAGAAGUUUGAAAGCCAUGAAGAAAUGGUCUCGUUCUUGACCUGUGCCAUGUCCCAAGUGGAGAGGGAGCGAGAGGAGAUGAGGCAGCAGCUGGCUGCUCAGAAGCAGCAGUGCAGAAGCCUCCUGCAGCAAAUCGCAGCUCUGAGGCAGGAGCAGCAACGUAACGUCGUGCUGGGCGCAGAUUCCACUGGGGACACUGUUCCGGUGGAGGUUCACGAGGCGUUGAAAACGGCCAUGGAGAAGCUGCAGUCCCGUUUCACAGACCUGAUGCGCGAGAAAGCUGACCUGAAGGAGCGGCUGGAGGAGUUGGAGCAUCGCUGCAUCCAGCUCUCUGGGGAAACAGACACCAUCGGGGAGUAUAUCGCAUUGUACCAGAGUCAGAGGGCCAUCCUCAAGCAGCGACACCAGGAGAAGGAGGAGUACAUCAGCAGACUGGCUCAGGAUAAGGAGGAGAUGAAGGUGAAGCUGCUGGAGCUGCAGGAUUUGGUGAUGCGUCUGGUCAGGGAGAGAAACGAAUGGUACAGCAAGUACGUAGCAGCCGCGCAAAGCCCCGCGGCGUCAGCGGGUCAGCAGGAGGGCGCGCUUCCGGCCGAGAGGCGCGUGGAGCUCAACGCCACCGACGGAGAAGGGUUACGGGAGGUGAGUUUAUCAGACGAAGCAGAGCAAGAGGCCGCUGCUCUUCACCAGGCAGAAAUCCAGAACCCUCAGGAGCGGCUGGGCUCCCCGCUGGAAAACCCCUGCAUUCCCUUCUUCUACCGCGCCGACGAGAACGACGAGGUCAAAAUCAUGGUGGUUUAA